AUGUCAGAGCAAACCACCGUUUCCCCCUGCUGCGUUACUGGACACAUCCACAAAGGUGAUCCCUUAGGAUCUUUUGAAGUUUUACACGGGCUUCGGACCUACGUAUCCAACCCCAAGCCUCCCGCUGAAGGAAAGCAAAAUGUCGUUGUCCUCAUCUCUGACAUCUUCGGAGUUGAUCUCGUCAACACCAAGCUUGUUGCGGACGAAUACGCCGGUAACGGUUGGAAAGUCCUUCUUCCAGAUUUCUUCGAAGGCGAUGCCAUUGAUCAUGAACUGUUGAACACCAUCGUACCAAAUCUUCGUGUUCAAGCAGAGGCCACCAUCGCUACAAAAGCUGUUGAUACAGCCAAGACAGGAGCUGCUCUUGGACCUUGGUUGGCUAAACAUCGAGAAGCUGUAUCCAAACCACUCGUCGAAAAAUACUUCCAAUCUUUGAGGGCUGACCAAUCUACUGGUAAGAUCGCCACCGUCGGAUUCUGCUGGGGAGGAAGAUACUCUCUCCUUCUCGCUCAAGAUGAUUCACCCGCUCGAGUGGAUGUCGCAAUCGCUGCCCAUCCUUCUUUCCUUGUCAACGACGAUGUCAAACCCAUCACCAAAGUCCCUGUCGCUAUUUUUAAGGGAACCGCAGACGCUAUGAUGACUGAUGAAGCUCUGGAUGAAGUCGAGGGUAUCUUGAAGGGUAACUUGGGCGACAAACUAGUUGUCAAAAAAUUCCCUGAUGCCGUGCACGGAUUCGCUGUAAGAGGUGAUCUCGAAAAUGGGCAGGAGAAAGCUCAAAAGGAAGAAGUUACCAAGGAGACUACCGAGUUCAUCUCCAAGUACUUCGGUUAA